GGCCCGCGUCGCCCCCGCGCAGGGCGGGCCCGCGCUUAUUCCGCCCGGGAGGAGCGCCGCGGCGAGCCCGCUGCCGGCCGCUUCUGCGGGAUGCUGCGCUCCACGUCCACCGUCACCCUGCUCUCGGGCGGCGGCACCAGGGCGCCCGGGGCGCCCAGCAGGAGGGCAAAUGUCUGCAGACUACGGCUGACUGUCCCUCCCGAGAACCCAGUUUCUGAGCAAAGUGAAAAGAAGAUUGAAAGAAAAGAGCAAUAUCCUGACCUAAGCAAUGGAGAACCAACCAGGAAACUUCCUCAGGGCGUUGUCUAUGGCGUGGUGCGAAGAUCAGAUCAAAAUCAGCAGAAGGAAAUGGUGGUGUAUGGGUGGUCCACCAAUCAGCUGAAAGAAGAGAUGAAUUACAUCAAAGAUGUGAGAGCCACUUUGGAAAAAGUAAGGAAGCGAAUGUACGGAGACUAUGAUGAAAUGAGACAGAAGAUUCGACAGCUCGCCCAGGAACUGUCAAUUUCACAGGCUCAGCAGGACUAUCUAGAGAAUCACAUCCAGACACAGUCGUCAGCCCUGGAUAGUUUUAAUGCCGUGAACUCGGCUUUGGCGUCGGACUCCAUUGACCUGCAGAAAACCCUUGUGGAUGUUACUUUGGAAAAUAGCAACAUCAAGGAUCAAAUCCGAAAUUUACAGCAGACAUAUGAAGCAUCCAUGGACAAACUUCGGGAAAAGCAGAGGCAGUUAGAUGUGGCGCAAGUGGAAAACAGGCUGCUGAAGAUGAAGGUGGAAGCCUGCCAGGAAGCCAAUGCCGAGGUGAUGAGAGAGAUGACCAGGAAGCUGUACAGCCAGUAUGAAGCAAAGCUGCACGAAGAGCAGCAGAAGCACAAUGCUGAGAAGGAGGCUCUCCUGGAAGAAACCAAUAGUUUUCUGAAAGCGAUUGAAGAAGCCAAUAAGAAGAUGCAAGCAGCAGAGAUCAGCCUACAAGAGAAAGACCAGAGGAUUGGAGAGCUGGACAGGCUGAUUGAGCGCAUGGAAAAGGAACGCCAUCAACUACAACUACAACUCCUAGAGCACGAAACAGAAAUGUCAGGGGAAAUAACUGAUUCUGACAAGGAAAGGUAUCAGCAGCUGGAGGAGGCGUCCGCCAGCCUCCGUGAACGGAUCAGACACCUAGACGACAUGGUGCAUUGCCAGCAGAAGAAGGUCAAGCAGAUGGUUGAGGAGAUUGAAUCAUUAAAGAAAAAGGUGCAACAGAAACAGCUCCUAAUAUUGCAACUUUUAGAAAAGAUAUCUUUCUUGGAAGGAGAGAAUAAUGAACUACAAAGCAGGUUGGACUAUUUAAUAGAAACCCAGCCCAAGACUGAUGUGGAAACCAGAGAGAUUGGAGUGGGCUGUGAUCUUCUACCCAGCCAAACAGGUAGGACUCGUGAAAUCGCAAUGCCUUCCAGGAACUAUACCCCAUACACACGAGUCCUGGAGUUAACCAUGAAGAAAACUCUGACUUAGGCAUUCAGAGAUGGGCGCCUUUUACAGAUGGACAAAGGCCCUGGAACCCUGCGGCCUGAAGUCUAAAAAGGAUGACUGUUGCUUCCUCCUAUACACAGUUUAAGCCAGAGUGGAAAUUGCUGAGGUUCUGAUCCACUUCUAAAACAUGAAGGAAAGUGGAGGCAGAAGGGGAGGGCAGGAGAGAGAAGUUUCAAGGUCAUAUUUCAAUCACUCAACCAGCGCAGUGUACUGUAUUGGGCCAUCAUUAGAUUUCUGUGUAGACACUGAAGUCCUGUCCGGAGAAUUCCUUCACAAUUUAUUUCCUGUUUUGCUAGGCUUCAGUUGGGAGGAAAAAGGGCAUUAAUUUGAAAUUUCAUGUUAUUCACGCCAGGAUCAUUUGUUACAGCAUGAAGAUUUUGUUUACCCAUAAAAGUAUUAGAGGCAGUGUUUCUCUGGUGCAGAGAAGCCUGUCCGCAGGAGCGCGGGCACUGGGGAAACCCGACCCUGGGAGAACAGGAUCCCAGCAUGCAGGUCUCUCUGCCCUUGGUGCCGAGGAUCUGUGCAGGGUUCCCGGAACCCCGGUUGGAGACGGGCCCCAUUCGGGCAGACAUGCUUCCUUCUGACGUGCUAAUCCCUGGGUUUAAUCUGUGCCUUGUGCCUUUCUUGGGCCAGCUGAAAUCACUGUAUUUAUUCGACUUGUGAUUUUUUUUUUCUUUCUCACUUUAACUGAAAGAGAAUUUUGUAUGUUGUGGAAAUUUAAUCAUUUAAUGUUUUCAGUAUCAAUUGGUGUUUUUGUUAAACGAAUGAGUAAUUUGUUCAUGCAUGCUCUACUUUAAUAUUAUAACCUAUGUCACAUGUGUUUAAUAAAUGCCAUAUAUUUUGUUCUA